AUGGGGAUCCAGAGAUCGGGAGCCUGUGUCAUGGACCGCCUGGGAUUCCCGGUCCUCCACGUUUUGCUAGGCUUGGCUUCAGCACAGCUGGGAGCUGUCCAGGCACAAGGAGACUGUAGCAACUGCUACCACCUGAGCCCGGGUGCCAUUGUAGGUGUGGUGCUGGGGGACCUGCUGUUGACUGUGCUCCUUGCAGUGGCUGUAUACUACGUGGCUACCUGCUUCUACCAACGCCAGCUGGCCAGCAGUGACCUCAAGAAGUCACGCGCAGCAGAAAACGAGUCCCCGUAUCAGGAACUCGAUGCACGCACACUGGAUGUUUACAGCGACCUGAAGAACCCAAGAGGCAAUUUCAAAUGA